UUCGGGUCUGGCAACACUGCUUUCGUGUUCGUGAUGUCUCCGAAGUUGAUUUUGUAAAACCUCAUUUGCUGUCGGUCGUUGGCUAAUGCCAAGCAAUUAUUUGAGUUUAAUAGUAGAUUCUACGAUUACGCCUUGUCGCGAUUGUGUCUCCAGCAGCGUCAUUUCGAUUUGAAUCCAGAUAAUAUUCUCUUAAAAUGGCAGGAGGCACAACUCUUCAGAAAGCAAUUGAUUUGGUGACAAAGGCGACAGAGGAAGACCGCAACAAGAAUUAUGAGGAGGCAUUGAGGCUGUAUGAGCAUGGUGUUGAAUAUUUCCUUCAUUCAAUCAAGUAUGAAGCACAAGGGGAAAGAGCCAAAGAAAGCAUCCGUUCAAAGUGCCUGCAAUACCUUGACAGAGCUGAAAAGUUGAAGGAGUAUCUCAAGAAAGGCAAGGAUAAGAAGAAACCAGUUAAGGCUGGUGAUGCAAGCUCAAAGGAUGAUAAGAAAAACAGUGAUAGUGACAGUGACUCUGAUGAUCCUGAGAAAAAGAAACUGCAGGCGAAACUUGAGGGGGCCAUUGUGGUGGAGAAACCUUGCAUCAAAUGGACAGAUGUGGCUGGUCUAGAAGGAGCCAAAGAGGCGUUGAAGGAGGCAGUCAUCUUGCCCAUCCGAUUCCCACACCUUUUCACUGGAAAAAGAAUACCCUGGAAAGGCAUCUUGUUGUUUGGACCUCCUGGUACCGGCAAAUCUUACCUUGCAAAAGCUGUUGCAACAGAAGCAAACAAUUCCACAUUCUUCUCAGUAUCUUCAUCUGAUUUGGUGUCAAAGUGGCUUGGUGAGAGUGAGAAGCUGGUGAAAAACUUGUUUGAGUUAGCUCGAGCUCACAAACCCAGCAUCAUAUUUAUUGAUGAAGUGGAUUCACUAUGCUCGUCACGAUCAGACAAUGAAUCUGAAUCUGCUCGCCGAAUCAAAACAGAAUUCCUUGUACAAAUGCAAGGUGUUGGAAAUGAUAACGAUGGCAUCCUAGUCCUGGGUGCCACUAAUAUACCUUGGGUCCUGGACUCAGCUAUUAGAAGACGAUUUGAGAAAAGAAUCUACAUUCCCCUACCUGAGGAGCCCGCAAGAAUGGUUAUGUUCAAGCUUCAUCUUGGAAACACUUUUAAUACACUCUCUGAAGAAGAUAUAAAACAGUUAGCAAAGAAAAGUGAAGGGUACUCAGGAGCGGAUAUCAGCAUAGUUGUGAGAGACGCCCUCAUGCAGCCAGUCCGAAAAGUUCAAACAGCGACCCAUUUCAGGAAAGUGAAAGGUCCGUCCCGCAAAGACCCAAGUGUCAUUGUAGAUGACUUACUGACACCUUGUUCACCUGGACAUCCCGAAGCCAUCGAGAUGACAUGGAUGGAGGUUGAUGGUGAUAAGCUGUAUGAACCCCCAGUUACCAUGAGCGAUAUGGAACGAUCACUACAGACGUCCAAGCCCACAGUUAAUGAUGAAGAUCUUAUAAAGCUUGAUAAGUUUAAGGAGGACUUUGGUCAAGAAGGGUAGGCUUAGUACCAAGACAAGCCUUGAGAGAGCAAACCGCUUGCAUACAAUUGGCAUAAACCGUACUUUUUCUUAUCUUUUGUUGGUAAAAAAGCACGUCACAUUGGAUUCAUACAAAAUCCAAUUCUGACAAGUACCUUCUAUCAGAAUGAGUCUUUCACUUGCCUCUCUUCUAUCAAUGGUGGAUGAGACUAUUUGCAUCCUGUGCUGAAUGAAAGCCUGUGGGUUGGUUCUUUUAUGUCUAACAGUGUACUGAGAGGUGGUAUUACUUAAACCGUUCUUGUACUAAUAGAUAUUUAUUGCCCUGCACUUUAGCAGUUUAUGUCCUUGCCCUGGCUGCCCUUUACAGGAUUUUGUAGAAGUUUGUUUUUUUACGUUGAUAUUUUUAAAAAUUUUGAAAGCAUGAAGAAGAUUGGUGUCAUGAUGAAUGCUAAGAUCCACUACCAUCUUUGUUUCUUUUCUCACAUCCUCAUUACAGAUAGCAAAAUAUCUACAAAUUGUAAUUAUAGCCAGAGACUGCAUACAUCUCUGUGGGAAAAAAUGCAUUUGGUGUUUCGGUGCUCUCCUAAUCAAUGUCGUUUUGUUAAAUUCAGAAUUUUACCAAAUGGAAAUGAAUUUUAGUCCCAUUAGCAUUGUGACCAUCAAUAGGAAGGAAGCUUUUAUAUUUUGAGAAUGGACUCAAUCAAAUUUGUUGAAUUUGUAUAUGAGCUGUCUUUAUUUUCUUACUGUUACUUGUAAUGAUUAAGUCAUUGUUGGGCUUUCUUGCUUUUAGGUUGACUCAAUGUUAUUAUUUGUGUAAUAUUAUUUGUAAACAGUGUAAAGUAUUUUCAACAUUAAUUUUGUCUUUUCCGAUGCCUUAAAAAAACCCUUUAAAAUGACUAUUUAAACUGACAACUUUCUCCGACGUCAAAAUUGAUUUGUGAUCAUAAAAAAAACAGCCUGCAGAGAGCAUGAAUCAGUGUAAUGCCUGUUCUGAAAGAAACCGAUCUCUUUAAUUGAUUGGUACCCAUCUUUCUCAGGCCUCCGACUGGUUCCUGGACACACAUAUGUGAUUGCUCUCUGUAGUUAUUGGAAGUGCAAUUGCUGAUAGAAAUUCUUUUGACUAAUGAUGGAACUGCGACUCUUGCCUCUGAAAUUUUUGAGCUUCAGCUUUAUUCUUUAUUGUGUGUGGGUAUCUGUUUCCACAAAAAUUUCAUGUGCUGUAGGCAUAACUUGUUUUGAGGUCACCUCCUAAAUCUGUUUUCUUUGAUUGUCACAAGUUGAAGCACUCAUUAUUUUCCUUUUUAAAAAAUUUGAUCUUUUUUAAACUUUUUUUUUUUAUGUGGCAACCCUUACUCCUUUUCUACAAUUCAAUGCUACUCCAUAUACUUCUGUAAUGCUCACACUAUAGGUAUCCUCAUCUGUGGUAAGCAUGAAAAGGUUUUGAGCUGUGAAAUUAGAGUUAUAUCUUAUUUUAAAACUGUCCUACUUCAAUUUCAAGUGUGGCAUGAGUUAUAGUUAUCGUAUACAUGUAAAUAAAAAUGCCGACUAUUUUACGCUGA